CCCAGCCCUGCUCUAGAGGAUAAACCAGGAGACGUUUAGGGGCGUUGAUUAGAAGACGUCCCAGGUUAAUGUAAGUCAGGUGCGUAGGGGUAUUUCUACCCCACUCUUCAGGUGGAGAUGGCACUGGCUCUUGGACACAUCCUGAAGCCUUCUUCACCGCAGUUGAACCUCUGUCCUUGAAGUUAUGAUGAUUCGCUAAAUGCUUCCUUCAGGUGCAAUAUUCUUUACAGCGAUUUCCUUGCAUGUUAGGCCAUUUUGAAUCAAAGCGAUGAUGGCUAUAUGUCUUACUUUGGAGGUAACCAUUGCUAACACUAGAACACAAUGAUUGGAAGCACUUCUUCCCUCCUUUUAUAGCAAUCAGUCUGCUCUUAUAAUCCAAUCGGAAUGAUUUUUCCUGACCAGUACUCGUUCACGCUGUCCCAUAUGCUGAAUGUAUGAUAUAUGAAAUGAUGCUAGCUGGUCAUUUUUUUGCCAGGGCCAAAAAACAGUGAAAUUUGUGUUUUUGUGAUAAAGCUAUUUUUUUUUUGGCCAAUGAAGCUAUUUGAAAUUAUUUAAAAUGCAUCUGAUCACUCUGCACAAUAAUCUAGAAUCAAUGUGAAUCAACAACUGAAGCAGUAAACUUUGCGAAACACAAAAUUUGUAGUAUGUGCUGGAGCAGACAGUGAAAGAAAACCAGCCAAUGUCCAGCAUACAUGUGAACUCCUGAGAUUAAAAACCAUCCCAAAAAGAACUUCAUGAAAGUAACAUUUUUAUAUAUUUCUCAUACUUUUUUUUAUAAUUAGAUCCCUUUGAUGUCUGGUUCACUAUCCUUGUAGGGACGUAAUGGUUUUUAUACUGUACAAACUCUAUAUUCUCUCCCCCUACCCCUAAACCUACCAUCACAGAAAACUUUCAGCAUGUUUAAAUGUUCAAAAAAACAUCAUUUAGUAUGUUUAUUAAUCCAUUUCCCCCAUGGGGACUGCUAGCUGGUCCCCACAAUGUAGGUGAUCUCAGGUUUUACUAUCCUUGUGGGAAUCAUUUGAUCCCCUCAAUGUAAUAUAAACCUGUUCACACAUAGUAUUUAUACACACACACACACACACACACACACACACACACACACACACACACACACACACUGGGGUUAAAUGCAAAAGCAGAGGGACAAGAAGAGAAACUCUACUUUAGGUGCACAGCAAAAGCCAUAAAACAAGUUGAUUGGCCUGCAGAUGAAAGUAUAGCUACCAUACCAUUAUAGCUGACUUCUGAGAAUUCAGAGACCCACAUCAACACAAUAUUCAAAAUAUUUACUCACCAGAGAUAGAUAGAAAAAGAAAGGCAUUCUUUAUUUAUUAAACAUUUUAAAUGGAUAACUAUUUACAACAAAGCCCACGAUCCACCCACAUUCACAAAAGACAGACAUAUAAAAAUAAAAAAGGGUGAAGAAAAUUGUAAAAUUAUAAAUUAUGACAGCAAAAUAAAACUAUGACCAAAACAAUAUAUAACAGGAUACCAAGUAUAUCUCAAGAUUUCAAAAGUUCUAAUAAAAUCUCAAUAAGGUCAAUCCAAAGUUGUAGUGUCUUUCUGGUGGCGCCGUGCACUUUGGCUGAGGUACACUCCAAAAGUGCAAUGUCCAGCAAAUAUGACAUCCAAGUAAGCAUAGCUGGGGUAGAUGGAUCUAACUACAGUUUCAGAAUAACAUUUUUAGCUGCAGUAAGGGCAAAAGACAGAAACUUCUUUUGAUUGAGAGACAGUGGCAGCAAAAAAAACAGUGGGUCCUUUUGGAUCGGAGUCCUCAGAAGAUCUGUCAAUACAUCCUGGACCGAAGACCAGAACAACUCAGUUCGAAAACAGUCCCAAAACUUAUGCAUACAAGUACCUGGACUUGCGCUGUUACAGUACACAGGUGACAAAAAGGAUCAGGCUUACUUUUCAUUUUGUAUAAUAAACAGGAAAUGGCAUAUGCCUUAUAAAUUAACCUAUAAUGAGGCAGAUUUUUUGAGGUGCAUGGCAAAACAAUUCCCCCACACAAUGUCCCAAUCAGUCAGUGUUAAGUCCUCUCUCCCAGAAGCCCUCAGUCAGAAUGUUUGACCACAAGUGAUUUAUAAGUGAUACUCACAAUACCUUUAGAAGCAAUAUUAGAAUCUAUCCAGUUUAUGAUGAGGAGAUAUUUUAGUCUCAAAGUGUGUUCCAUAAUUUAGGAUUUGGGUUUCUGAAAUGUAAGAAAGGACUCUACAAUUGCUUUAUGGUCCAGCAGACUGAAUUAAAGCAUGAGAUCAUGAAUCCGGAUCUGUGUUUAAUGAAUGAAUGCAGUGAUAUCAAACCCUUUAGUGUCCUCUAUUGGUCAGACUCUGUCAUUAAACUGACUCCCGCAGCCACUUCCUGAAUUUAAAGCUGCAGGUGUGGCUGCAGGUGAUCACUGUACUGAGACACAUCACAGGAAGAGACGGAGAUUAAAGGACGCUGCUGGCGGCGUCCAUUUUAAUCUACUAAAAAGAACACGAUGGUGGAAGAAACGAGACAGCCGAAAAACGCCACAUCCCUCCAGGCUGGACCUGGUGAGGUAGACCACAACACUCACUAUGCCAUCAAUAUGAGAGUCACCCAGCUUAUUGGACGACAACUGGCUCAGAUAGGAGACGAAUUGGACUACAAAUGGCGCGAACAACUGCCUGUCCAAUUGCAGCCCUUGGAUUUUGGGAUUUAUCUUUAUGUCCUAACCAGGAGAGCGUUCUCUGGGAUCCUGGGAAACAUCUGGGGGUCUAAAAUUAUGCCAAUGUUGAGGACAUCCUGGUUGGUUCCACAGCUUCAAAAUGGCUGUCAGGAGGCUAAGAAGUGGGCAGCCUGGGUGUCCAACGUUUCUGACUGGUCUCGCCGGACCACAUGCAUACUGGCGUCUGCUUUACUACUGGUCCCUGUGUUUAUCUUCCUUAUAACUUAGAAUGGAUAUGAAGGCUGAAUGUGACAUCGAGGGGGUCAAGAGCUGGUCUUUGGCUCAAAUAUAACCAUUUUGCUGAUUUUUUUUUUUUUGCAUUCUCUUUUAUAACUGAUUCAAAUUAAGUGCUGGUUCACAUAUACGUUCAUAUAUGUGCAGGUUUUUGCAAGUUAAAAAUGUUUUUGUGUGUGUAUUGGGUCUAUUGCUGGAUAAUUGGGCCAAUGAAUUGUUACCUCUUCCUCUAAAAGAUUUUUUGGAAGCUGGACUUUUCAAAUCACCAAGCGCAAUAAAAUUUUUAAAAAAGAAAAA